AGCGGUCACUAUAACACACUCUAUUACCCAGUGCUGGGCCUUCUUUUUUCUCCAUUUCCCCAUGGGGAGUGCCCGCCCCGAUCCCCUUCCUUUGGGUGAGGAAAGCCCCACUGAGAGUCUUUGACCCCUCUGCCAAACUAGAGCACCUUACAGAUGCCAUUGCCCCUGAAGGGCACCUGCAAUGGGAUGCUGCUUACCUGUUCCGCGCUAGUCACUGCCGGGGCAGAAGUAGAGGAAACACUAAAGAGGAUUCAGGCACACAAAGGGGUUAUUGGAACUAUUGUUGUAAAUGCAGAAGGAAUUCCAAUCAGAACAACCCUAGAUAACUCUACAACAGUACAAUAUGCAGGUCUUCUUCAUCAGCUCACAAUGAAAGCGAGGAGCACAGUGAGAGAUAUAGAUCCUCAGAAUGAUCUAACCUUUCUGCGGAUCAGAUCAAAGAAACAUGAAAUCAUGGUAGCCCCAGAUAAGGAGUAUCUUCUAAUUGUUAUUCAGAACCCAUGUGAAUAGACUUGCCGCAACAAUAUUUUUAGAGACACCAAUGCAGCUGUACUUUUUAAAGUAAUAAUCCUUUAUUGAUAUUUAUUUUCAAACAUACCACUAAGUUCUUACAUAAUGUAUGUAACUUGUCAUUGCUGAAACUUUUCCGAGCUAAUAUUCUCAGUUGUUGCUGUACUUUAACUUAUGCUUGAGCAAAACAAACAUUGUAUGUGUAGAUAAAUACUCAGAAGAGCAACAAUAGAACAAAAUAUUUAAAAAACUUUUGUUAAUGGAUUUUCUGGCUAAUUCUUGUAACUAAAGAAUUCUCUUUACAUCACAAGUUUAGAUUUUUUUUUUUAAACAGCAAUCACAUUUCAUGGAAAUUAGUAACUUGUGUAUGUACUUGUAACUGUACCCAUAUAAACUCAAGAAUACAGGGUUAAAUAGGUUACUAAUCUCAGUUCCAUUGGGGUAAAGAGGACUGUGUUCUGUCUCUGUAAUUUCUGCAUUUUGAUCAUUCUAAAGAAAUAAUUUUACUUCCACCUUAUGCUA